AUGGAAGAACGAAUAACUCAAAAGCUAGAAUGGCUUUCACAAGACAAUAAUAUCUGGAAGUACACACGCAACACCUUUCGCCCCUUUUCACCAUCCUUCAAAGGUCUAAAUGUAAAUCAGCAACACAUAACUGAUCCAAAUGAAAUUGUCAAUACGUUAGCAGAUCAUUACGAAAAACAUUUCUCAGCACCACUGCCCAAUAUGCCAAACGAUAUACACAAACAAGCAAUAGAAAUAUUUGAGAAUCUUACGCAUAUGCCUCAAAUGCCACUCAAAGCAAUAAAAUAUGAUGAAGUUUUACGUGAAUGGCUAAAAUUCGCACCGAAGAAAUCAUAUGACAGCGCUGGUACCUCAGCUUUCCUUCUAAAAAAGUUACCAAUUGAAUAUGUUGCGACCAUAACAAUUCUAUUUAAUCGUUGUGCAGAAAAUGGAUCCUUCUUUCAUGCCGGCAAAAUAGCGAAGACUAUUUGCCUGUCCAAAGAAGGGAUGUACCCACCAGAACACAAACUACGUCCGAUUUCACUACUACCCAAUCUAGCAAAAUGGUUCGAAAGAAUAAUACAUAGCAGAAUCCUACAAUGGUGUCAUGAUUACAAUAUAGCAGUCGAUGAGCAAAGCGGUUUCAUGAAAGGUAGACGCUUAAAAACACGUGUACUAGCACUAACAGAAAAUCUACGACUUACUGUUGCCGCAUGCAAUCGCCCGGCACUAACGAUUUUCGUUGACUUUCAAUCUGCUUUUGACAAUAUGUGGCAUCCGGCUCUAAUAAAAAACCUAUAUGACAUGGAUAUGCCACUGCCGCUGUUAAAAUGGAUACACACCUGGCUACAAAACAGACAGUUAUUUAUCUCAUAUGGCGAUGCCAACUCAAGAAAUAUCAAAAUGGAAGUACGUGCACCACAAGGCUCAGUUCUGCCCGCGACACUAUUUCGAAUACAUGUUCAUCUACUUCCUAAACUGCUUAGUAGGUUUAAUACACAUAUGUUUGCUGAUGAUCUUGCAAUAACGAUAACAGGCUUAUUAGAGAAACGUUUCUCGCACAGCAUUAAAGAUAUCGAACAGCAAGCUGACUUCGCUAUGAAACAGCUUAAAAAAUUUUCAGAGGAUGUAAUACUACCAGUAAAUGUAAACAAAACGAAAGCGCUGCUAAUUCACAGCACCGUUGCCCCUCCGCAUCCAAAAAUCAAAUUCAAAAACCAAAAUGUCGAUCACGUUAAAUCAUAUAAGUAUCUGGGGGUCUGUAUCUCAACAAAACUAGGCUGA